UGAGUCCUGCCUUCUUCUUGCUUGGGCUGCUUUGUGUGGACACUUCAGCACUUGCGUUAAGGGAAAUAAACCAGCACUGGGUUCUUUUUUUUGUGUCUUUUUGUGUCUCUUGAUUGAGAGACAGACCUUUAUUAUUGAACAGGCUAUUGGAACUACAACAGACAGCCAGCAUGUCCAGGUGCAGAAGGCAAGUGAGUGAAGACCCAGAUAUUGAUAAUCUUCUGGCCGACCUCUCCCCCGAGGAGAUGAAGGAGCUGGAGAAGGAGCUGGAUGUGGAGGACCCAGACAACAAAGUGCCUGUGGGUUUGAGGCAGAGAAACCAGACCGACAAACACCCCUCAAAAUACUACAACCGAGGAGCGAUGCUGGACUACUGUGAGCGAGAAACCAAGAAGCUGAUUGAGAGAGAGCUGUCCGUCGAGCAGGGAGAGGAAGAACCAGACAGCAGGGAAUCCAAAGACAGCAAGCAGGAAAAGCCAGCGGAGUGCGAGCCGGGGAAAGACAACAGGAAAGAGGAUCGGCUGAGAAGAAUGGACCGGAGCCGUGAGGAGAGGAGCAUCCGAUCAUCCAGCAAGGAGGCGGAGGAGAAGAGCCGGCAGGGCACAGAGAAACCAGAGAAGGACAGCAAGACAGGGAAGGAGGAAAGAACAGCGACGAAAGAGGACAAGAAAGACACCGAUGAGGAACAGAAGCGCGUGGAAUCCAAAAGCAGAGACGAGUCCAGCACCAAAACCUCCAAGUCAGAAAACUGCCCUGCUGAAGAUGUGAUGGACAGCCCUGUAAGCAAACUGAAAGAGGAGGAAGAGGAGGAGAAGAAGGAGGAGGAGGAGGAGGCUGCCCCCAGCAUCUAUGAUGAAACCCUGGAGAAAAUCCAGAACAACGACCCCGAGCUGACCGAACUCAACGUGAACAACUGUGAAGUGAUAAAGACGGACAUGCUGAUCCGCUUCUCCGAGGCCCUGAAGACCAACACCUUUGUGAAGGUCUUCGCCUUGGCAAACACUCGGGCCGACGACCACGUCGCCAUCGCCAUCGGCGCCAUGCUGAGGACUAACAAAACCAUCAAGAGCGUCAAUCUCGAUUCCAAUCAUCUCACCAGCAAGGGCAUCUCCGCCGUCAUCCGAGCCCUGCAGUCCAACUCCACUCUCACAGAGCUGCGAUUCCACAACCAGAGGCACAUCUGCGGAGGCAAGACGGAGAUGGAGAUGGCCAAGAUCCUGAAGGAGAACUCCACCCUGCUGAAGCUGGGCUACCACUUCGAGCUGGCCGGUCCUCGAAUGACCAUGACCAACAUCUUGAGCAGGAACAUUGACAAGCAGAGGCAGAAGCGACUCCUGGAGCAGAAGCUGGCCCAGGGAGAGGGGGAGAAGAAGGGCUCUCUAGAGGUCCCCAAGGUGGAAGGCUUUAACAAGAGCUCCCCCAGGCCAUCCCCGAAGAGCUCCCCUCGAUCUUCCCCCUGGUCCUCUCCAAAGGUCACCCCAAAGAGAGAGGGAGGACCCCCUCCUCCACGGGGGGGGGGGGGGGGACUCAACGGGGAGAACCCGAGGAACUCCCUGAGCCCCAUCUCUGAGAGGAAGCUGGAUGGGUGCUCCCCACCCCCUGCUCAGGAGAAGAACAAGCGCGACCAGCUGCUGGCCUCCAUUCGCUGCAACAAUAAGAAGGGUCUUAAAAAGGUUGAGGUACCGAAGCUAUUGCGAUAAGGACAGGACAUCUCAGUGACCUUGAGGAGAUUGCAACCCUCAAUUCAUCUUCAUGACUCUUCCAACUAGACACCAGGAUGCAGUCUCGCCACUUCAGAAAUGCAAGGGUCUUUGUUCACACGUCUCACUGCACUCGAGAACUUUGAUCUGACUUGACGGCUGGUCUCAGCCUGGUGUUGGCUGACUGCGGUGGAUUCAGCAGAGAGAUUCAAUUGAAAGCCUGUUGUAUUGUUAGUCUGUUAGGCGUUAUAGUGUAAGCACUUGUCUCUUCUUGGCUUUGUGUGUGGGUUAUAUACCACAAUAUGUCAGUGGAAGGCUGUUGAAAUGUAUGCAGGAGGUCUGCAGGAGGUCUGGGAUGGGGUGCAGUCUGUCUGGAAGUAUAGUAUUCAGCAGAAUGCUAAGAAUAUUCCAAAGAUUUGAAACAUUUUAGAAGGUGGGAAAGAAUUGUUUUUAAUGUGUGAGCUUGUGGGAUUGGGUAAUCAUUUGGGAGGCUGUGUUUUAGAAUAUUAAGUGGGUAAUAUUAAGCCAAAUAGAAAUACCUUUUUCUUACAGUUGAAAUGUCUUAUGUACAGAACACAUAACAAGGCGUUACCAGUCCUCUAGUUUUGUACCGUUUGCUUUCUUUAUCCUUCUCAUCAGAUGUCUUGUAUAUUAAACUCUUUUAUAUGCA